GAAAAAAAAGAAAAUCAUGCUGUGAUUAGUUGUAGGCUCCGACAAAUAAUCAUCCACCAGUUCACUAAUACGCACAUCACAACCGCUCAAAACCCUCAAAUCCAAUCUUACUCAUCUGCAGCCGUCCAUCUCUCUCUCUCUCCUUCUCUCUCUCUUUCUCUCUCUCCUUGCUGUUUCGAAUUUUCGGGCCUCUCUCUCUCCGACUCUCUCUCACAUCAGCAACAUCACGAAAAUCAAGAAAACCUUAACGAAGCCGAACAAAUACAAAAUCCAAUUACAAUGAAAAAUAGAAUCUAGGGCAAAUCUCUCUCUCUCUCUCUUUUCCUCUUUGAUUUUCUUUCCCUCCUUUUUUUUUUCUUUCUCAUUUUCCGGGAAAGCGAGGGAAAAUAUUUCAAGGCUGUGGUUUGGUUGUUUUAGGUGAUAGGUCGUCUUCUCCUUUUCCCGGGAAAAAAAAAAAUUUUCACCUCCAUUUUCAGCUCUCGACGACGAGGACGAAAGAAACUCCUCUGGCCCUUGGUUUUCCGAGUUCUUUCAAGUUCAGAAGAAAUAUAACGUGCCUCGUUGAUUACUUUCGUUAAAAAAAAAAAAAAACGUUUUUUUAUCUUGUAUUCCUUGAAAUACAACAAUACUUUUCCCGGGAAAACUCUCUCUCUCUCUCUCUCUCUCCAAUAUAUGUUUUCGGUCAAAGCAGGCAGAGACUUUGGAAUUCUUCAAUUCUUAGGGUUUCAUAUUGUUUUGUUUAGGAGUAUUGCGUGUGAUUUUGUUGUUCGAGAGGAUCAAUUGUUGGUGGCUGGAGUGAAGGAGAGGGAGGAAUUGUUGUUGGACGAUUAAUGUUCAAGGGGGAGGAUUUGAGAGCUCAAAUAUUAGAUUCUUUUGUCUUCUUAUAGUCGGAUCAAAUCGUUGGAUUUGAUUUGGGAUUUCUUUAAGGUUGAAUGCGAAUUGGUUUAUGGAUUCGAAAGAAUUUCCAUCUUCGAGAGAUUUGGUCAAAUGCUCUAAUUGCGGGUGUAGCUGUUCAUUGAUCAGUAGUUCUUCGGAGACUUGGCUUCGGUCUGUAAAACGGAAGUAUGAUGAGAUUGAGGAGGGUAACCGGUUCUCUGUACCGGGGUUCAAUUUCCUUUCAAAUGCUCGAGUCCAAAUUGAGAAUGAAUGUGCUGCACUGCGUGAGAUGGUUAGUCGCCAACAGCAAUCAAUGCAGGAUUUGUAUACUGAAUUGGACGAGGAAAGAAGUGCUGCAUCGUCAGCUGCCAAUGAGGCCAUGUCAAUGAUUUUGAGGUUGCAGAGGGAGAAGGCAGAGAUUCAAAUGGAGGCCCGGCAAUUCAAGCGCUUUGCAGAGGAGAAGAUGGCACAUGACCAACAGGAGCUUUUGGCGUUGGAAGAUUUGUUGUAUAAGAGAGAGCAAGCCCUUCAGUCACUUAAUUGUGAGAUACAUGCUUAUAAGCAUAGGAUGAUGAGUUAUGGGCUCACAGAGGCCGAGGCGGAGGGUGAGAAUGGUGGGUUUAGCCAUAACCCAAGCAUGGCGGAGUUUGAUGCACAAAUUGAACUCCCCAUGUAUGACUACCCAUCUUUGAAAUGCAAUGCAAACGAAACCCAAGGUCCUUUGGAAGAUGAUAAUUAUGUUGAAGAUGAGAAAUAUGCAUUUGGUGAGACCCCUCGUGCUAGGGACCAUUUGAAGAAUUUAGAAAAUAGGAUCUACCAGAUGGAAAGAAGUCCCAGCAACAGUCAGCUGGAUGGGAGUUUUUCGGGUUCGAAGAACAGUCUAGAAAAGGUGGUAGUUGGUAACUCUCCUAGGCGGUCAAGACACUCUAGGAGGUUUUCCAAUGAUUCAAGUCCAUUCGCGGGGUUGGUCAAAGAAACUGCUCCAGAUUUUUCCACAGAACCUCCUAGGCCCAUUGGCAGUUUCAAAAAGACGGAGUAUGUUUCACACACUGAGGAUUACUCGAAUUUGAAAAAGUUGGAUAAUGCAUCUGACAUUGCAGAUGACAUGAGUGACAGAGUUUAUACCAUUGACUCUGUCCAUAGUGGAGUACCAAAUAAUGGUUUUACCGACAUUAAUCAGGCUGAUUAUACGGAUCCAGACAUUAAGAAGCUCUACAUGAGGCUUCAGGCACUUGAGGCAGACAGAGAAUCAAUGAGGCAGGCACUUAUUUCAAUGCGUACAGAUAAAGCUCAAAUGGCAUUACUGAAAGAAAUAGCUCAACAUUUGUGCAAGGACAUGUCACCAGAAAGACGAGUGACUGUGAAGAAGCCAUCUCUUCUUGGAAGCUUUUCCUUCAUGUCAGUUUUUAAGUGGGUUGCCUCAUUCGUUUUCUGGAAGAAAAAAGCUCGCCGAAGCAAGUACAUGUGUGGGCUGUCAGCCAGCAGCGUGGGCUUGCUAAUGCUCCUAGACAAGGGCCCCCGCGCGAGGCCAUGGAGAUGUCUUACAAGCACACAGGUGUAAACAAGUUCUCAAACUUCCAUAUCCAAUGGGAGUUUAUUCUCAAGUUUGUGAACAGCAAGUGGAUUUUGAUGACACUACUACGCAUAGAUUUUUGCAUUCUUUUCCUGGAUUCGUGGUUGCUGCAAAAUUGGUUGAAUUGUGGGGUGUUCUUUUAUAUCAUUUUCUUGUGAUUGAAUGUAUUUCGGCUUGUUGAUUGGUGAAACAUGGAUUUGUUAUCGGCACGCUUGUUCCUAUAGUUGGAAUUAAGCUCAAGGUGCACGUCUUUUUGAUGGUCCUCUCCUGUAUAUUACAGCUUCGUGUAUGGUUUCCCUUCGAAAUAUGCAGCAUAUAUUCUUUUUGCAUUCAAACACAUAAUCUACUAUUCAAGCAUGUUUCAAUUCGA